AUGGAGCACCACAACAAGCUGAACAACUGGCAGGAUAUUACCGUGUUGUUGGUGUACUUCGCCGCCGUGCUGGCUGUCGGAUUAUGGUCAAUGCGAAGUUCCAAACGAGGAAAUGUGAAGGGCUACUUCCUGGCUAGUGGCACCAUGCCUUGGGUGGCGGUUGGAGCGUCACUGUUCUCUAGCAAUAUUGGGAGUGAACACUUCAUUGGUCUGGCUGGGGCUGGUGCUUCUACAGGAAUAGCAAUGAUUAUGUUUGAGUGGAGCCCAGUGUUUCUGAUACUGCUGCUUGGCUGGUAUUUUAUUCCAGUCUACAUUUCCGCGGGGGUGUACACACUACCAGAAUACUUGGAAAAACGUCUCGGAGGAAACAAAAUCCGGAUAUAUAUUUCGGUUCUAUUCCUUGUGCUUGCCGUCGUCACCAAACUAGCGGUAAACAUGUUUGCUGGCGGACUCUUCAUACAAAUGGCCACCGGCUGGAACAUGUACAUGUCUGUCAUCAUACUCUUAGCUAUUACAGGUUUCUACACCAUACUGGGAGGGCUGAAGGCUGUUAUGUAUACCGACACGUUUCAGGCCAUAGUUCUCACUCUCGGGGCCCUCCUUCUGUUCGGAAUAGCUUUCAGUCGCGUUGGAAGUUUGGAGAACCUGGAGCUUUUGUACAUGAAUGCCACUGCUGCUAUUCAGAUACCCAACAGUACCUGUGGAUUACCAAAAAGAGACGCAUUCCAUGUAUUCCUGGACCCUGUGCAUGGAGAACAACCAUGGCCGGGUCUGCUAGUCUGUUCUUCGCUGGGAUGUGUUGCCUACUGGUGCUGUGACCAGGUUAUAGUACAAAGAUCUCUAGCGGCUAAGAGCCUAUCCCACGCAAAAGGUGGUUCGGUUAUGGCUGCCGGCCUGAAAAUGCUGCCACUUUUCCUGAUGAUAUUGCCGGGAAUGAUUAGUCGAGUCUUGUUUCCUGAUGAGGUAGCUUGUGUGGACCCUGACGAGUGUAUGCGGAUAUGUGAUAAUAGCGUGGGAUGCUCAAACAUCGCCUACCCUAAACUUGUACUGGAAUUGCUUCCAAACGGUCUUAGAGGUUUUAUGAUGGCCGUGGUCCUCUCCGCUAUCAUGAGUUCUCUGACGUCCAUUUUCAACAGCUCCAGCACUUUGUUUACCAUGGACCUGUGGCGUCGAUUUAGACCGCGGUCCACACAAAGAGAACUACUCAUCGUCGGCAGAGUCUUCAUCCUCUUCAUGUGUGUACUCAGCAUCGUAUGGCUGCCUCUUAUCAAAAGCUCACAGGGAGGGCAACUCUUUGCCUACCUCAACAUGGUCCUUGCCAGUCUCAUGGCACCAGCAGGCCCGGCAUUCUUGAUGGCAAUAUUCUGGAAGGGGACGACUGAAAUAGGCGUUGUUGGUGGUUUGCUUCUCACUCACGUCUGUGGAAUAGUUCGUCUGGUCCUGGAAUUCACAUACCCAGCGCCACCUUGUGGACAACCUGAGACACGACCAGCCAUCCUCUACAACUUCCACUUCCUUUACUUCGGAUUUUUCAAUGUAUUCCUGUCAUUUUUGGCCAUUGGUUUGAUCAGCCUGAUCACACGCCGCCGGACUGAUGAGGAGCUUGAACAUGUGACUUGGUGGACAAGAGUGAGGGCCCCUGAUACAAUGCCGGGAGACAAAAAUGAGGAGUACGGGGUCAUUGACAGUGAUGACAUCAACCUUAAGCCAGUCAGUGACGUUGCAGUUAUUGAUAAAACAACUGGAAGAAAAUACGUGUCAGACGAUGAGACCUACCAGGAUGAAGAGGAGUCAAUAAUUGGAGACCAGAGGACCUGUUUGGUCAAACUAACCUCAUUUUUGUUUGGCGAUCCCGAACAAGGAAGGGAGAUAACUGUGAUGUCGCUACGACAGAAGCAAAUAUUCAUGACUGAGCGAAAAGAAUACCAGUGGGUGUUGAAUGCUUCAGCUGUUCUCAUGAUCGCGAUCGUCAUGUUUUUGUCAGGUUAUUUUGCCUGA